AUGGCCAUCCAAUCUCUUUCCCAGACCAGUUCUGAGCACUCUGCGCCCAUUGGAGUUCAGGAAAUCUAUGAUUUGGCAAACCUGCCUCCAUUGCCCGAGUCCCCUCGAGACUCGCAAGCAUACGCGUAUACUCCGCUCAUCGAUUCAAUCUUGGAGAUCCGGCUCAUCAAUAUACUACCUGGGCGUGAAGAUGACCCUUUGGAAGUUGAGAUAUGCACUACUCCGUUAAUAAGCGCAAAUCUUCCGAAAUACGAAGCACUCUCGUACGCUUGGGGAAGCCCUGAAAAGACAGAAACGAUUUACCUGCGAAACAAGACAUGCUUCGAUUACGACGUGCAUCAUCCAGGCUAUGGCAAGCCAGGAUGCUGCGUACCAGCAACUCCUUAUGACAUUCUCGGAGUGACAUCGAAUCUCGGUUCAGCCUUACGACACCUCAGAUACAUCGAUGCACCUCGGGUCAUGUGGAUUGAUGCCAUCUGUAUCAAUCAGGAAGACAAUCUCGAGAAGAGCGAUCAGGUCUACAGCAUGGCCGACGUGUUUCAUAAAGCCACGCGUUGUAUCGUUUGGCUAGGCCCAGAAGCAGACGACAGUUCGCACGCUAUGCAUCUCUUGGAUACCAUUGGGAGACGCGGGAAUGAUUUUGGUCGACCAGUUGCUGAAGACGAUGUCAAUUCCUCGUCAACUGAUCAUGACCCUGAACGACCGUUGACAGAGAGAGGCCUUCGCUCCAUCUUAUCUAUCACGUCCCGUACCUGGUUCUCACGGCUUUGGACUCGACAAGAGAUAGUACACUCUUCAGAUGAAUCUAUAGUACAGUGUGGUUGGGAUCACCUCCUAUGGGGAAGGCUCAGGAACGCUUUUACCCCUCUCUAUCAAAAUCUUCGUCUUUGUUGGCUCCCUCCGAUUAAGGAUCUGGACGAGAUCGUGUUCAGUAUCUUCAAGAACUUGAUGGCCACACCAAAGAAAGAAGUCAGAUUUAUGAAUGCAAUGAUGGCUGCUUCAACCAGCCACUGCGUUGAUCCCCGCGACAGAGUCUUUGCUAUGAUCUCCUUCAAUCAUGAAAUUCGUCUGAGGAUCAAGCCAGAUUACUCCCGUACUGUGCUUAGUGUCUAUACGGAUUUAUUGCUCCACAUGAUAGAUAUAGGUGGUUCACUGAAUGUGUUAUCUCACUGUGGGGUGGCUUUGCGCCCUUAUGGUUUCCCCACGUGGGUGCGAGACUGGCGAGUUGCUUCGCCACAAGAAGGCCUCAUAUUCUCCUGGGCAGGACACUGGGCCUCGGCGGGCACAGCAGCUGAGGUAGAAUACGAUAAGCUGAAAAGAAAGCUGAGCAGCAGAGGACUGAUCCUCCAAAGUAUUGUACAUGUUUGGCCAAGUUCGACCGAUUCCAAGAAUCUGGCCUCGCAAGAAUGCCCCGACUUACGCCGAGACACGCCGUCACAAUCUCCCACGCCUCUAGUAUACAAUCCGUUUUCCAUUCCAAGUAUAGUUCCCCCCGAUGAACGCUUUGACCUUCCCGGUAUGGGCAGAGCUCAAAAAGACAAGUUGAUAAGAAAGCUCGUAGGCUCUCCAAGCAAGGGUUGCAAUAGCUUCAGAAUUGUUGAACUCCUAUUAGAAGAAAGAUGUAACACCAAGAGAGUCGAAUUUAUGGCCGAAGACGGUUCACAUGGAAUUGGCCCAGCCGACACCCUUUCAGGCGAUAUUGUUGCCAGUUUUCUUGGAGCAUCGGUCCUCUUUGUCCUGCGUCCGGUGUCAGCUUCAAGCGAUUAUCAAUUAGUUGGAGAGUGUUGUCUUCACGGAUACAUGUAUGGUGAGGCUCUUUUUGGGCGGCCCCUGCGACCUUGGCUUCCGGCUAUGCUGGGGCGUGACGCAGAUAAUAGAGGACCGAAAAGGGCCUAUAUGGAUUCAAUUACCAACAAUGCACAGUUUGCCGACCCCAGACUCCCAAACAUCCUCCACAGUGAACUUAGCGCCGAAGAAAGGGCUUCUAUACAGCCGGACGGGACCGGGUUCACACCAAAUCUUCUCCGCAAGAUCGGUGUCCCAUUGCGGACCAUAAACCUAGUCUGA